AUGGCGCGAAGCCGCCAUUGCCUGUGCUUUCUCCUGGUGCUUCAGCGUCUUACGGAGACAGCCUCGAUCCCCUCCAACAGCUCAGAACACGUCGAGGCGGUGCUUCCAGCACCCCCGCGUCUUGCCAGCUUGGCAGAAACCGCGAAAGAGAUUGAGAGAAUCAAGCAGAAAAUCCACGGUGAUUAUGUCACUUAUAUCAACGGGAGGAAGGUUGUCGUCAUAGGCAAUUCCAGAAAGGCGGACAUUGCCAUGUGUGUCUUCAGCUCCCUCCUGGCCACUCAUCAACUUGCAUCGGCCGGAAUGUCCAUCAACGGAGCGGUGGCCACCUGUGGCUGGGGUGGCAUGGAGGAGAAGACAGAGGCCUGCGUAGCGAACAUCGGCAACAGUUUAGCGACACUCUCCGGGACUGCCGCCUUUCUCACCGAGGUGGCGUUGAACUGUCCCACCGACAAUGUGAACUGGCGAGCCGGGUGUGCGGCUCCCAUUGCCACUCUUCUCAGUGGCCUGGGUGGCCUCGUGGGCCACUCUGCCGGCGUCUCGCAAGCCUGCGAUGCAGAAAAGAUUGAAAAUGGUGCGACCAUCUUCAAUCCUAUCAGCGUGAACGAUGACGCAGGAAUGGCGAACUGCAUUCUGAAUGCUGAUCAGGCAGCAUUCUUCGCCGGCAGAGCGGGUCUCGACGUGAAUGCCUUGGCCAAUGGGGACUGCUCCGGGCAGAACUCAAAGGCGGGAUGUGCGGCGAGUGUCACUAGUGCCCUGAUCUCCUUCGCGUCAAUGGCGUCCUUUCUUGCUGGUGCUGUUUCGAAGUGCACGAUGUACCAGAUCUACACACCUGCCUGCUCUGCAAACAUUGCCGGCCUCAUCGCAGAUCUUAACAAAGUUGCGACCUUUGCCAGUAACAUGGCCAACAACAAAUGCAAGGCUCCCAAGGGCGAUUACUUUUCUCCGAACACGAUCUACUGGAACCCAGCCGGCUCCAAUCGACGCCUUGGUGAGAAUGUUUCCUUUGUUGAUGAGAGUGUGACGGAGCAGCCAUUCCACGUUUGCAACUGGAACUUCAUGUCCGUUGUGGCGUCGGCAAGCCAGGACGCGUUCAGUGACCAGGUGGGACGACCCGCGCCUUGCAAGGAGGUACUGCUGUCAUUGGCCCAAGAUGCGGCACGGGAGAAGAGGUACUUUCUGCAGACUUUGGCGCCGAAAGCGCCUUGGCCACUGGUGGUCAACGAACCCCGGCGUUUGCUCUCCCUGGAUGACCAGAUGAAUGUGGGCCUUAUCCUGGCAGCAUGGAAAGACCUGGGCUUCAACGAGCUGGACAACCCUGGCAGCACGCACACCCUUGCAAGUGAUGGUGACUGGGAUGUGCUAUGGAGUUUGAUGCCCCAGCACGGCCGCUCUGUUGAUUUGGCUGCAUUCCUGGGCAUCCCAAUAGACUGGUCUUUCUACCGGUCCCACUUGCCCAGCUGGGACUUCGCACGGGCCCGCGCGCAUCAGACGCAUAACCACUGCUUCACCUUCCACGGCGCCCCCGUGGGUCCGAAGCAUCACUUGGCGAUCAGUCUUCGAAAGCUGAGGGAUCACUUGGCAGCAUCGGGCUCCAGCCUCCUCGUCAACCCAGAAGAUGAAUGUUUCGCAGGGCUUUGCUUCCCAGAGAGCUACAUCGUCAUGGUGGGUAGCAAGGGGCUGGAUGAAGCCGAGACUGUGACGAAGAAGCUGUCAGAGAAGAAGGAGAUGGUGGCCAAAGCGUGUCACUCCUCUGGGGGCCGCAGCAUUACGAUACUGCGAUCUCCGGGUGAUCUAUCGAACCUCCUUGCUCGAGCAGGUCACGGCACAACGUUCUUGGUCCAGCGGCGCAUCCGGUCUCCGCUGAUUGAGGGCCGCCGCUUCCACUUCCGGCUGUAUGCAGGGCUGACCUCGCUUCACCCCUUGCGGGUGUAUGUCCAUCACGACGACGAUGAUGGAGGCUAUGCUGUUCUCGCAAGAAAAGCUGCUUCCUCCUCUCAGAGUGCUGAAAGCGAGAAGCUUGUCGAAAGAGGAUCUUGUUCUCACGCCUCUGGGGUUUGCACGCCGCAGCAAGACGAGGAGUUUGUGACGAACUAUGGCGACAGGCAGAUCUCCCAGGGCGAGUUUGCAAGGCUUUAUCGGAAUCUCACUGGUGCCGAUCCAGAAGCGCUGCUUCGUCGAAUGCACCACAGCAUCGUGGUGAUGCUUCUCGCAGCCGGCCACCACAGCCGGCAUUCCGACCUCUUCAGGAGACUGCAGUCCCUACUUGGAGGAGCACGAUGCUUCGAGAUCUUGGGCGUGGACUUCCUCUUUGAAGAGUACGAGGAGAUUCGUGAUGGCCAACCCCACAUUGCUUGGGCUCCGUACCUCGUGGACGUGACCCCUUCGCCAGGAUACGGGAGGCCUUCGGUGGCCGCGUCGCACCGUCUUCUGCGCGACUUCUUCCGCACCUUCGUGACAGGUGACCCUGACCCAGAGCAGCGGCAUCCUGCCCCCAACACUGCAACCGACACAGUCACAGAGGAGGACAAAUGGCAGGUUGUGUCAGAGAAGGCGGCCUCUUUGGGCUUGGAGAUGAGACCGGAGGAUCGGCCCCUCGUCCGACGCUUUGAUGUGGAGGCACACUCUCGCAGGUGGCGUCGCCUCUUUCCACCAGAAAGGGAUGGCCUCCUGGCUUUGAGCUUCAACUACGUGCCGCUAUUUGCCGGUGGCCCGACCCGUGAGGACGCCUUGUCCAUGCUCUGGGCCGGUGUGCCGCCACAAAACCUCGAAGAAAGAGGCGCCUUCCAGAAACCCGUCCACCUUGUGGACAAGGUGCUAAACUGUUUUUUCGAGCGGGUCGGUGGACACGGCAUUUCGCCAAGUGAGGAGUUUGUCUUAACAGAGGGCCUCACCAAGAUUGCCAUGGCUUCAGAUGCAGAGUUGUCGAAGUUGAAGGGAGGGCAGCAGGUCGUCAGCAACGUCCCUGCCUUCCUCGUCAAUUUCUUCAGUUCCGGCUGUGCCCAAAGUCAAGUGAAGCUGCCCGCAUUGAUGCGGCUGCUGGCAUAG